AUGAACAUGUCUCCGCCUUGUUUAAGUAAGGGGUGUAUGUGUGCCAUUUCUCCUACCAGCAAGAUCUGUUUGAAUUACGGAAAUGGACUCUAUGUGAAGGUUUAUAAUCGAAAUGGCAGAAGCGGUGUGUUGUCUCACCCCAACAGCCUAGUCAGACAAAAGCGAGAAUGGACAGUCCCUCCCGCUUUCAUACGGGAAGAGGAGGACAAUUCCUAUAAGAAUCCAAUUGCUAGAAUACAUUCUGAUCUUGAAGAUACAGGGGUAGUGGUGACUUAUACUAUAUCUGGUCAAGGAGUAACAGAACCCCCUUACGGAUUAUUUGUUAUCAAUGGAAAGACUGGAGACCUGAACAUAACAGGAAGAGUUGACAGAGAAAAGACGCCAAUGCUGCUUCUCAGAGGUCAUGCACUAGAUAAGAAUGGAGCAAAACUGGAAGAGCCAAUAGACCUACCGAUUAAAGUCAUAGAUAUAAAUGACAAUUUUCCAGUAUUUUCGCAUGAAGUUUUUGUUGGUUCAAUUGAAGAAUUAAGUGAAACAGGAACAAUUGUAAUGAAGAUAAAUGCAACAGAUGCAGAUGAACCAAAUAACCUCAAUUCCAAAAUUGCUUUCAGGAUUGUUUCCCAAAGUCCUAGUGCUGCAUUCAGUAUGGAUAAAAAUACUGGCGAGGUUCGAGUAGCAAAAAUAAAUCUUGACAGAGAGACAGAAAGCAGCUAUUCUUUGGUGGUGGAAGCGAAAGACCGUGGUGGUGAAAUAGGUGGGAAUGCUGCAACAUGUUCUUUAGAAAUCAAGAUUUUGGAUGUCAAUGACAACCUGCCUGUGGUUGAAAGUCAUGCAUUUGAAGGAAGCAUUGAAGAAAACCGAGCAAACGUGGAAAUUCUGCGAAUAAAAGUGUUUGACAAAGAUGAAGAAUUUUCUGAUAACUGGCUGGCAAACUUCUCAUUUGUUUCUGGAAAUGAAGGUGGCUUUUUUCGUAUAGUAACAGAUACACAAACAAAUGAAGGAAUUUUGACUGUUGUGAAGGAGCUGGAUUAUGAAAAAAUGCAAAGCCUAAACCUGGGCAUUGUUGUUACAAACAAAGCAGAGUUCCACAAGUCAAUUAAACACAGUUUUAAAGCACAAACAAUUCCAAUCAAAAUUAAAGUGAUUGACGUGCGGGAAGGCCCUGUAUUCCCUGGUGGUACAAAAGUCAUUGAAACAAGUGAGACAAUGCAGCUAAGACAGGUUAUUGGACAGUACCAAGCCAUUGAUGAAGACACUGGAAAAACAGCAAAGCAAAUUACAUACAUGAAAGGAAAAGAUGCAGCAAAUUUGAUCACAAUAGACCCUACCACAGGUGAAAUCCGACUUGCCAAAAAACUUGAUUACGAAUCAUCUCAUGUAGUAAAUGGUACCUACACUUUCACCAUAUUAGGUGUAACUACUGAUUUUCCUCAGAAAACAGCCACAGGCACAGUCGUCCUUCAAGUUAAAGAUGAGAAUGAUAACUGCCCAGUUAUUGUGAACCCUGUGCAGACUGUGUGUUUAGAUGCAAAAUCAGUUGAUGUUACUGCUCAUGAUUUGGAUGGUUACCCAAACAGUGAGCCCUUCAGCUUUACUGUCAUUGAUGAGCCAGAAGGGACAGCAGAAAAAUGGAAAAUUGCAUCCAGAAAUGACACCAGCAUACAGCUGGUACCGCAAAACCUGAAGCUGGGCAGAACUGAAGUUCCCAUCCUAGUGAAGGAUUUCCAAGGGUUCAGCUGUGCUCAAGCACAGUCUCUGCAACUGACUGUUUGUAACUGUGCGGAGGAAGGCGUAUGCAAAGAGAAAAUAAUUGGCGCCAAGUCAGUGGGCCUGGGACCGGGAGCGAUUGCGCUAAUCAUCUUGGCGUUUUUACUUUUGCUGCUUCUUCCAUUGUUACUGCUGCUGUGUCCCUGCGGCUCAGGAGCAAAGGGAUUUGCUGCGAUACCGGACUACAGCGAAGCCAUGUUACGUCAGUGGAACAGUGAAGGGGCAGCUCCUGAGGAGAAGGCAUUUCUAAGCCUCAUCCCACCCACUCUACUGGUGAACCAAAAAGGAGUGACCAGCGGAGCAGCAACAGCAGUAGGAAUGAGUGGAGAGGAAACUGCAACAGGAGGAGGCAGCUCUGCCUCUCAAGUAAGAGAGCAUUGCAACACCAUUACCAAGGAAAGAUGGGAAGAACAAAGACAUCUCCUUUCUGGUGCUGACUGUGGAGCCGUGGCAGCUGGAGGGGCUGAAAGCAUGGCAGGUGUAGACAGCAAGAUGGUGGUGGCUGGAGGAGGAGUCUCAGUGAGAGCUGCAGGAGCCAUGAAUGAAGAAUUUUUAAGAGACUACUUCAAUGACAAAGCUUUCUCUUUUGCGGAUGAAGAUGAAGCCAAGGCUGCAAAUGACUGUCUCCUGGUUUAUUCCCAGGGAGAGUCAGAGUCCCCCCAUGGCUCCAUUGGCUGCUGCAGCUUUAUUGAGGGUGAUCUUGACGACCACUUCCUUGACGAUUUAGGAGACAAAUUUAAGACUCUAGCAGAAAUAUGCAUAGGCAGACACAUCAACAUGAAAGACAGUAGCUACAGGAAUGAAUCAGGUUUCGGUCUUAAUGACGCAAACUCACGAUUCUUAGAUCAGCAAAAUGCUUCCAGCUCUGAGGAAGCUUUUGCCUCCCGCAGCCGCUUCCAGCCCGCCUCACUGGUGCAUGCAGCUGAUGGCACAGGAGAAGGCACCUUGUCCAAGGAGGUGGUCACGGAAACAACCUACUUAUCCCACUCUGGCCAGCACCAUGCCCGGCCCCUUCCCACUGCCCAUGCUGAGGCCAAUUUGACUGUAGCAGAGACGUCCUACUCUGCAGGAGCUCCUGCCCGCUCAGCCGCCACCUUUCUAGAGCCCCAGUUUAAGGAGAACAUAGUGGUGACAGAGAGAGUGCUGGCACCCGCAUCAAGCUUACAGGCUAUGGUGGAAAUCCCCAGUUUGCCACAUGGAAGUAAUGUGGUGGUUACAGAGAGGAUGGUGAAGUCAGAGGGUUCCAGGCCAGGAGCCCUGACAGUUCAGGAUCUCCCUGACUCCCAGUACGUGGUGGUGAGGGAGCGGGAGAGGGUGCUUGUGCCUGCUGCAGAGCCGGGCUCACUCAGCUUCCCCACGUUGGCAGAGGAGCACAGCGUAGUGGUGAAUGAGAGAAUGGUGACAGCCUCAGGGGUGCAGAGCAGAGCUGAACAGGCAGCCGGUGCCACCCCAGGAAGGCAAGAGCACGUGUUGAUCACAGAUUCCCUGCUCAACCAGGCAGGCUCCAACUUAGAAGGGCCGCCUUCUGCCAGCGCCAUGACGAGCAAGUCUUCCAGGGUCACCAAAUACAGCACAGUACAGUACACACGCUCGUAGCCUGGCCCCUUGCAGGGGAGAUGGUGUCCAGCACCCCUGUCAAUGCAUGCGUCUCACCUCAGGCUUUUUCUUGAGACUCAACUUUGCUGGAGCUUUCAGAAUGACAUGGACUCGCUUUCAGUAGUUUGUAUAAAUAAGGAUUAUGACCAAGAAGCUAGUAAGGAAAUCUGCUGUUGUUCUUAGGCAACAUUGGCAGUGAUGCUUUUGAAGUGGAAGGAUAUGGGAAAUACAUUUUUUUCUUUGUUUGCUGUUUUUGUUGUUGCUUUUAAUUAUUCAGUUAGUGUAAUAAUACCGUCUAACCACAGCUGCAUAAUUAUGGGAAGGCAUAAAAAAAGUCUAAAAUCUAGUGUUGGACAGUAGUGUGCAAAGCACAAGUUAAGUUUCUGAACUGCUUAUUUAGUGUAUGUGCUGAAGUCCCUCAUACGAGGCAGCAGUUUCUUGUGGCAUGUUUGCCAUCUAUUGCCUUGCAGGCCAGGGCAGCUCCCCCUGAGCUGCAGCUGUAGAUCUCCACACCGUGGUGAAUUGCUAAGAAGUUUCUCCUUCAUGAGAAGAUCACUGGCCACUUAAGCUGGUAUGUCCUCAGGGCAGUGGUGUGUUGAUCUCCUGGAGGGAUGUCACAAUUUCAGGUUAUCAGCGUUUGUACCUUAAGCAAUCAAUACUUGUGUAUUAGCACAGGGGUUAACAACAGCAAGUAGCAAAAAAAGCUGAAAAAUGCAUUUAUUUUUUUUAGUACCUCAAUGUAAAAAUUAAUUACUUGGGCUGGAUCUAGGCUGACAUGGACAAGCCAAGCAUUUGCACUGGCUCCUAAUUUGUCCUUCAGCGAAACUACCAAAACUGAUCUUAGCUUUAGAGCCAGAGAUUCAGUCAGUGGCUUUGCUGGCAAAGUUUAUGGCCCCUAGACAUCUGUAGGACCUGGUUCACAAGUGCAGUUAGCCAAGUGAUUUUCAUUCUGUCUGUGGACUCACAGGUACAAGCAUAUAAAUGCAGCCUGAUGAGUGUGUUUGCAUAAGGUUCUGCUGGCUCCAGUACAAGAGCUUGGGUGGCCUCUGUCCUGCUGUAGUAUGGCAGCUUGCCUUAGCUCUGACAAGAAAAGAGAAGGGUCCCUAUAAAUCUGCAAC